AUGGUGGAGGUAGAGCUGAGGAUGAACCGCUACAUCUCCGAGAUCAUGUACAUGACCAUGAGCGAGGGGAUGUUCGGCGACUUGUUCAGGAUCGAGAUACAGGACAUUAGCUGCAGCUGGUUACCGGACGGGGUCUCGAGCAAGACCGCGAAGCUGAGGACGAAGUCUAACAGAGAGAUGACCGCGAAGAUCGCCAUCUGCGUACAGGAGGCCGUCCCUGGCAUCAGGUUGGCGGGCUUGUACGAGUACACGGUCGUAGGCGAGAUCAUGAGGCUAGAGUACAUCACCACCAUGACCGAGCUCAACGUCUCGACCAGGAUCGACGACAUCUCCACGUAG